AUGGCCACGAAUCUCAACUCUGGCUUCGCUGUCGGAGGGUGUGACUCCGGACAUUUGGUGUCCGAGAACGGCCCUACCAAGCCAGGAGGCUAUGUUCCAUUCCUUCACUCAUAUGCCCAGACCACAGCGUGGAUCCGGGAUUCGAUUGCGAUGUUCACUAGACCAGCAAAAACCAUCACAGCGACUUUCUUCCAAUAUCCGCCACGAAAAUCUUAUUUCUCAGGCUGUUCCACAGGUGGUGCUCAAGGGUAUGCACUGGCCCAGUACCAUCCCGAUCUCUUCGAUGGUAUUGUUGCAGGAUGCGCUGGCAACUGGUACACCCACCUCAUCCUUUCUUUUCUGUGGAACGGCCUUCAUGCACAGAAGUCUGGUGCAUUUCUGGCCCAGGACCUACUCACAUUUGCAAGAAAUGCAGCACUGGAGAAGUGUGACAACAUCGAUGGCGUGAAAGACGGAGUGAUCGACGACCCAAGCAAGUGCGACUUUGAAAUUACAUCAUUACUGUGCCGGUCUGGGCAGCCCCAAUUUGAGAAUAAUACGACGACAUGUCUGAACGAGACGCAGCUUGCCACUUUUGAGGCGUUCUACACUGGACCCGGGCCGGAUGUAUACCCCGGGUUUGCAAAGGGAUCGGAAUCCGAAUGGCUUAUGCAGGAAGAAAGCCUCUACACCGCGUAUGCAGUACCUAUAUUGCAGAACCUUGUCUUCAAGAACUUGAGCUAUGAUUACACCACUUUCGACUUUGAGAACGACGUCGAGAUUGUAGACAAGGUUGCAGGUCCUUUAAUCACUGCAAUAUCUCCAAGACUCGAUGCGUUCAGAGCUCGAGGUGGAAAACUUAUUGCAUCCCAAGGCUGGGCUGACCCUUUCAACGCGCCUACUUGGCCUAUCGAUCAGCACAACGAAGCGAAAGCUAUCUAUGGCGAGGCACAGCUCAAUGAUUUCUGGCGCUUGUUCAUGGUCCCGGGUGGUGGUCAUUGCGGGCCCGCUACAACUUAUCCUCAGGUUCCUGGAAAGUACCACUCUCUCGAAGCACUCAUCCCAUGGGUAGAGGAUGGUAUAGCCCCUGAGUACGUUCUGGCUACGGAGCCUUCAGAUGGAAGUAACAGGACAAGGAGACUUUGCCCAUACCCACAACAUGCAGUGCUGGAAGGUCAAAAUGCUGACCAAUACGAAGCAUAUACUUGUGUCAAUUAG